AUGUCUUCCUCAAUUUCUUACUCAGGAAGAUCUGAUUCAGGAAUCGUAAAUCCAUCAUAUGUUGCUUGGUGUGAUGGUGAUAACACUCUCAUUCUUUGGUUACAAUCCACAAUUUUUGAUUUUGUUGUUUUCUAUGUUGUUAUUGUUGAAUCUGCUAGAGAACUACGGUGUAGUAUUGAAUCUAGAUUUGAUCAUACUUCAACAAAACAUGUUAUACAAAUUCAUACAAAAUUGCAAACACUCAAGCUUGGAUCUGGUCCUAUGGCUACUUACUUGGGAGAAAUCAAGAAAUUGACAAAUCAACUCUCUGUUUCUGGAUCUGAAAUUUCCAAUGAUGAACUUAUGGUAUUAGUUCUUAAUGGUAUUGGUCAAGAAUACAACUCUUUCAGUACUUCUAUCUGUGUGAAAAAUCCACCAAUUUAUUUUGAUGAGUUGCAUAAUCUUUUAUUAUGUGAAGAAGUUUUUGUAUCUGAGAGAUCUAAACCACUUUUCUCUGAAACAAACAACAAUUUGUUGCUUUUCAAUCUCAACAAGUACUUCUUGCUCAUCAGAGAGCUCUAA